AUGGAGCUGUCGGGCAUGGAGCUGUCGGGCAUGGAGCUGGUGGACGUGGGGCUGGUGGGCGUGGAGCUGUUGGGCAUGGAGCUGGUCCUUGGCCCGGCUCCUGGGGGCCGUGAGCUUGUCCCGCAGCUCGGGGAUGCUGCUCAGCGGGUCGCCUCGUCAUUGGUCGUGCGCCUGCUCAGGAAGGCAGCCGCGGCCGUGGGUGGUAUGGAAGCCCCUGCUCUGCUGCGUCGUCCCAGAGUGGACUGUGGGGACACAGCAGGGAGCUCGCCGGCUUUGAGGAAGAGGAAGAGACCUUGCGCCCUGUUGCGCAGGCGGGGAGGCCCCAGGGAGCUGUCCAGCACCAGCCGUGCUGAAGUCUGCAGCUUUGGCUUCCUGCGAGGGCGCCUGCCUUGGCGCUGGGUCCUCACAGCCCAGCUGCAGCUGGAGAGAGCUCGCCUGUGGGGUCAGCUGGCAUGGGGCCUCAUCCUCAGGGGACAUGUGUCCACGCUGCCCUUCCACUGGGGCAGUGCCAUCGUCACUGCCUGCUAUGACUGGACUGGCCAGGCUUGCCUGCCAGAGGGAACUUGGCAGUCGUCCCCGAGCCCAGGUUGGAGGCUGCUGUGUGUAGCAGAGCGUCCUCACCCUGUGAGCCCUGAGGGCCACCCCAGCCGAUGGGCACAUCCCCGUUGGCCUGCACCCCACCCUUCCUCCCUCUGCUCCCCAAGGGAGCCCAGGUCUGGCCCAGCGGUGGGCAGGGGAGGGGCUGCCGAUCACAGAGUGCCAGCUGGCCACACUCCCGGCCCACAGCUGCUCCAGCCGCCACCACAAGGCCAGACCUGGCUCUGCCCGCAGCCCAGCUCAGCAGGCCUGGUGAAGCUUGGGGUUCACUGUGUCACCUGCCAGAAGGUGGCCAUCAAGAUCGUCAACCGUGAGAAGCUGAGCGAGUCUGUGCUGAUGAAGGUGGAGCGGGAGAUCGCGAUCCUGAAGCUCAUCGAGCACCCCCACGUCCUAAAGCUGCACGACGUUUAUGAAAACAAAAAAUAUUUGUACCUGGUGCUAGAACACGUGUCAGGUGGUGAGCUUUUCGACUACCUGGUGAAGAAGGGGAGGCUGACGCCUAAGGAGGCUCGGAAGUUCUUCCGGCAGAUCAUCUCCGCGCUGGACUUCUGCCACAGCCACUCCAUAUGCCACAGGGAUCUGAAACCUGAAAACCUCCUGCUGGACGAGAAGAACAACAUCCGGAUCGCAGACUUCGGCAUGGCGUCCCUGCAGGUUGGCGACAGCCUGUUGGAGACCAGCUGCGGGUACGUGGCCCUCUGCCCCUGCUGGCUCUGCACGGGCUGGCUAGAGCACAUUCAGAAACACAUAUGGUAUAUAGGAGGCAAGAACGAGCCAGAACCAGAGCAGCCCAUUCCUCGCAAGGUGCAGAUCCGCUCGCUGCCCAGCCUGGAGGACAUCGACCCUGACGUGCUGGACAGCAUGCACUCCCUGGGCUGCUUCCGAGACCGCAACAAGCUGCUGCAGGACCUGCUAUCGGAGGAGGAGAAUCAGGAGAAGAUGAUUUACUUCCUCCUCCUGGACCGGAAAGAAAGGUACCCGAGCCAGGAGGACGAGGACCUGCCCCCCCGGAACGAGAUAGACCCUCCCCGGAAGCGUGUGGACUCCCCGAUGCUGAACCGGCACGGCAAGCGGCGGCCGGAGCGCAAGUCCAUGGAGGUGCUCAGCGUGACGGACGGCGGCUCCCCGGUGCCUGCGCGGCGGGCCAUUGAGAUGGCCCAGCACGGCCAGAGGUCUCGGUCCAUCAGCGGUGCCUCCUCAGGCCUUUCCACCAGCCCACUCAGCAGCCCCCGGGUGACCCCUCACCCCUCACCAAGGGGCAGUCCCCUCCCCACCCCCAAGGGGACGCCUGUCCACACGCCAAAGGAGAGCCCGGCCGGCACGCCCAACCCCACGCCACCGUCCAGCCCCAGCGUCGGAGGGGUGCCCUGGAGGGCACGGCUCAACUCCAUCAAGAACAGCUUUCUGGGCUCACCCCGCUUCCACCGCCGGAAACUGCAAGUUCCGACGCCAGAGGAGAUGUCCAACCUGACCCCAGAGUCGUCUCCAGAGCUGGCCAAGAAGUCCUGGUUUGGGAACUUCAUCAGCCUGGAGAAGGAGGAGCAGAUCUUCGUGGUCAUCAAAGACAAACCUCUGAGCUCCAUCAAGGCUGACAUCGUGCACGCCUUCCUGUCGAUCCCCAGCCUCAGCCACAGUGUCAUCUCCCAGACGAGCUUCCGGGCCGAGUACAAGGCCACGGGGGGGCCAGCCGUGUUCCAGAAGCCUGUCAAGUUCCAGGUGGAUAUCACCUAUACGGAGGGAGGGGAGGCACAGAAGGAGAACGGCAUCUACUCCGUCACCUUCACCCUGCUCUCAGGCCCCAGCCGCCGCUUCAAGAGGGUGGUGGAGACCAUCCAGGCCCAGCUGCUGAGCACACACGACCCCCCCGCGGCCCAGCACUUGUCAGACACCACUAACUGUAUGGAAAUGAUGACGGGGCGGCUUUCCAAAUGUGACGAGAAGAACGGGCAGGCGGCCCAGGCCCCCAGCACGCCCGCCAAGCGGAGUGCCCACGGCCCACUCGGUGACUCCGCGGCCGCUGGCCCUGGCCCCGGAGGGGACGCCGAGUACCCAACGGGCAAGGACACGGCCAACACGGGCCUGCCCGCCGCCCGCCGCGAGCAGCCUUAG